CAUUCCCGCCUCUCCCGGGGCUUUCCGCCGAGAGAAGCUGGCCGCCGCGGCGCUGGGCAGGGCUGAAUCGCUGCUCCGCGGGAGAGAGGGUCCCCAUCCUGCACAUCGGAAACGCCUGCCUCCUCCCCAGAAAAACCCUGCUUUCUCGCCGCCUCCCCCGCCGUCCCGGAUUAUGCUGGUCGCUCCCUCCCUCUGCUCCAUUGUGUGGCUGAGUCGCGGGUUCAAGUUGCGGGAGCGCGGCUGUACUUAAGGGGGUGGCCUGGCGCGCCAGCCCCACGGACGCCGCCCGGCGCCUCCUCGCUUCGCCCACCCCCUAAACCCCCGCCAACCCAUGCGGAGCCCCCUGGAAGCGUAGCGGCGAGGGAGAGGGGAGCUGUUCCUCGUCCCUCCGCAGCGCGCUUUCCUCCACUCGCUCCUCCCCGCCUCCGGAAAGCAUGGGGAGCGCCGACGGCUUCCAGUACCGGGCCUUGUACCCGUACCGCAAGGAGCGGGAGGCCGACAUCGACCUGCUGCCCGGGGACACUCUGGUGGUCAGCAAGGGGGCGCUGCAGGCGCUGGGGUUCAAGGAGGGCGAUGAGCAGACCCCCAACCAGAUCGGCUGGAUAUUGGGGGUCAACGAACGGACCAAGCAGAAGGGUGAUUUCCCGGGGACCUACGUGGAAUACGUGGGGCCGGUCAAGAUCGCCCUGCCGCCCCACCGCCCCCGGGGGAUCAGGCCCCUGCCGGCCGCCCCGGCGUCGCACGUCCAAGAGGAGCCAGCGUUGGCGCUCCCCGAACUCUCCGAGCAGUUUGCUCCCCCUGAGAUCGCGCCGCCCCUGCUGUGCAGGCUGGUGGAUGCCAUUGAGAAGAAAGGGCUGGACAGUAAAUCUCUCUAUCGGACCCCCUGCUCAGAGCUACGGCUGGGAGUUGACUGGGCCACAUCUGGCGACUUGGACGCCUUCGAUGUCUCAUCUCUCGGAGAAGCUCUCAAGGGGUUCCUGCAAGACCUGCCCACCCCGGUGGUCCCGCCCGGCCUCGGGUGCGAAAUCCUGCGCGUCCUCCAGGACGCCUCCCAGGCGGACUCUGGCCGGCAGCAUCUCCUGUCUCUCCUGGCGCCGCCGGCGAUGCCCCUGGCUCACCUUCUGACGCUGCAGUUCCUCCUGCGCCAUUGGGCCAAGGUGGCGGAGCAAGCCGAGAGCAACGGUCUGGGGCCCCGGGCCCUGGGGGAGGUCUUCGGGGGCCUGGUCCUGCGGGGGGCGCCAGCCGCCAGUGCCGAAGGGACCCCGGAUUUCUCCGCCCUUUUCCUGGAGCUCCUCCUGGAGGUGAAAGACCCUGAAGCCGAGCUGCCCCCGCCAGCUCUGCCCCCCAAACCCCCCAAACCAAAACCGGCGACCCCAGCCCCCCUGGCCAACGGGAACGGCACAACCCUCCAGGACGCAGAGUGGUAUUGGGGCGACAUUUCCAGGGAGGAAGUGAACGAGAAGCUCAGGGACACACCCGACGGGACCUUCCUGGUCCGGGACGCAUCCAGCAAGAUCCAGGGCGAAUACACGCUGACGCUCAGGUGAGUCCAGCCCCCCCAGU